GAUUACUCCUAAAUGCGAAUCACGGGGGCCGGGCAUCCGCCAAACGUUUCUGUUCAUUCUGCGCCCUGCUUACAAUCCAAACACAGCAUCCGGAAACAUUCACGUUAUCUUAUCACAAUUUUCGAUAAUCCACCCCUAAAUUAAUUUUCGUGAGCUAAAACAACGAGUUAAAAACUACCUUAAUUAUUAUUUUUUUGUUAAUUUUUUAAUUUAAGUGAUAUAUUUUUGUGGUGCGAUGGCUAUGGAUUGUUCUGUGUCGCAACCUACUCCAUUAAUUCCUUUACAUCAAAGUUGCUCAUCUCCUGGACUUCAUAAUUCAGAAGUGAGAACAUCGCCAAAUAGCGUCGAAUGUUACUCUUCGUCUGAAACGGAUCAUCCAGUUUCGUUAUGUUUACCAUCUUCACAAACCUUGGUUCAAGCUUCAAGAACUCCGCCACCACCUUGGAGUUUACCAACGAAAAAAGGAACUCCAGGGUUGAUUUGUGUUGUUUGUGGAGAUACGAGUUCUGGGAAACAUUAUGGGAUUUUAGCUUGUAAUGGAUGUUCAGGAUUUUUUAAACGUUCUGUAAGAAGAAAGUUAAUCUACAGAUGUCAAGCUGGCACAGGAAGAUGCGUUGUUGAUAAAGCACACAGAAAUCAAUGUCAAGCGUGUCGAUUAAAAAAGUGUUUAGCGAUGGGAAUGAAUAAAGACGCCGUUCAAAAUGAACGUCAACCGAGAAACACGGCGACGAUUCGACCGGAAGCUCUUCGAGAUAUGAGCGCAGAACAAGAAAGAGCUUUACGCGAAGCUGCUGUUGCUGUUGGAGUUUUUGGUCCACCAGUUUCGUUGACGAUGGCGUUAUCACCCGCUCGUUACGGCCCUGGACUUCUACACACCGUAGCACCGCCACCUAUGAUUAAUCGAGAACCAACACCAAAACAGGACUCUACAAACAGCGAUAACGACGAAGAAAGUAUUGAUGUGACAAAUGAAGAGGAGGACACCCCCACAUCCGGUUGUGGAGUGUCUUCGAGCAGUGGCCCAGUCCGACCAGAACCUCACCCAGCUGGCAUUACCGCGAGUUUAUAUCCAACAACCCACGAAACUGUUUAUGAAACAUCUGCCAGGCUCCUCUUUAUGGCCGUUAAAUGGGCCAAGAAUUUACCAAGCUUUGCUAGUUUACCAUUUCGAGAUCAGGUAAUACUUUUGGAGGAAGCGUGGAGUGAAUUAUUCUUAUUAAACGCCAUCCAAUGGUGCAUGCCUUUGGAUGUCCAAGCAAGUCCGCUCUUCAAUGCCAACGAGCACGCCAAAAAUGGACAUUCGGCCACCGACGUCCGAACACUCGCCGAUACUUUGAUGCGUUUCAAAGCGGUCCACGUGGAUCCUGCAGAGUUUGCCUGUCUCAAGGCCAUCGUACUCUUCAGAGCCGAAACAAGAGGGUUAAAAGAUCCCGGUCAAAUUGAAAAUUUACAAGAUCAGGCACAAAUAAUGUUGUGGCAACAUUGCCGCGCUCAAUUUCCGGGACAAGUGGGCCGUUUCGGUCGUCUUUUGUUGAUGCUGCCAUUACUACGAAACGUACCCGCCUGUAGAAUUGAGACGGUGUUUUUCCAGAAGACAAUAGGCAACACGCCUAUGGAGAAAGUUCUAUGUGACAUGUAUAAAAAUUGAAAAUCGGGGUGAACAAAUCACGCCGAAUCGUGUGGGCAGAGUGAAGCUUUCUAAACUACCUUUAUAACACUCUAUCUUUAAUAUUUAGAGUGCAGUAAAAUUUAUUAUUACAUGUCAGAAUUAUGUCAAUAGUACCAACCGAAAUUGGGCCGAAAAAAUAUAAAUUCUUAAAGGUGGCUUAGAAAUUCGUAAAAAA